GGCCUGGCUUAAGGGGAAGGUGGGUGGUCAGGGUCGGGCCCAUGCAGGGCAGAGCCGGCGUCCCCGACCCCUGGAGGGGGGCAGCGGUGUGGGAUGGGGAGGGGUCCCGAGGCCCUCCGCGGACUGGGGCUUCCCAGCAAUAAUCACAGCUGCCCAGCCUGUGCACGCUGGGGACCCCCGGUGCAGCCGGGCCCCGUCCCGCCGGGGAGGGGUGGGGGUAUCCGCCCGCUCCGGGCCGCCCCGUCCCGGCGCCUCGCCGGGGCUUGCGCGGCUCCCGGACGCCGGGAAUGCCUGACACGCAGCUCUUCCCCCGGCCCUCCCGAGCGGGGAGCGGGCUGGUGUCGUCUUACACGCCUUAUAUAGACCGGCCCGGCCCGGGGAGAGCGGGGGCACGCUGGCCCCCGGCCCUGCAGCCGGCCCGUGCGAGGCGUGGGGAGCCCCGCGGCCGGCCCUGUCCGCCCUGGGGAGGAAGGUCCUGGGGCCGUUCGUAGGGGUUCUGGCGGCUUCUUCCAGAGAUGGGCGACAUGGAGUCCUACAAGGUGAUGCUGAAUGGGCCGGCACCCUGGGGCUUCAGGCUGCAGGGAGGGAAGGAUUUCAGCAUGCCUCUCUCCAUCUCCAGGCUGACUCUGGGUGGGAAGGCAGCCCAGGCCGGCGUGGGAGUGGGCGACUGGGUGCUGUACAUCGACGGGGAGAGCACCAGUGCCAUGACACACAUCGAGGCCCAGAACAGGAUCCGUGCCUGUGGGGACAGGCUCUGCCUCACCUUGAGCAGAGCCCAGAACCAGCUGGGGAAGCCGCAGAAGGUGCUGAGCCUUGACAAGCAGCCCCCACAGCUGCUGGAGCCCCCCAGCACCCCUGUGUGUGACCCAGUGAAGCUGCGGAUGUUAGAGGACAUUGACGACUCAAAGCCCCCCAGCUGGACCUCCCAGUCCCGUUCCUUCCGCAAACUGUCCCGCCUGGUGGGCGCAGACGCCAUGGAGGAUGGUGAGGACGAGCUUGUUAAAAAGCCCAGGGAUGCCCACGGGUCCAGCUGGGGCACGGUGGAGCAGUGGGAGCCCCCGCAGCCUCUGGAGCCCCCCAGCACCCCUGGGUGUGAUCCUGGGAAGCUGAGGAUGUUAGAGGAUGCUGAGGACUGGCAGCCCCGCACCGGGACCUCGCAGUCCCGCUCCUUCCGCAAGCUGGCCCAGCUGACGGGCACAGAUGGCAUGGAGGAUGGUGAGGAUGAAUUUAUUAAAAAGCCCAGGGAUGCCCGUGGGUCCAACUGGGGCACAGGGCAACAUCGGCAGCCCCCACAGCCUCUGGAGCCCCCCAGUGACACUGUGUGUGACCCAGUGAAGCUGAGGAUGUUAGAGGACAUUGUCGACACAAAGCCCCACACCUGGACCUCCCAGUCCCGUUCCUUCCGCAAGCUGGCCCGGAUGAUGGGCGCAAGCAGCAUGGAUGAUGGUGAGGAUGAGCCUGUUAAAAAGCCCAGGGAUUCCCACGGGUCCAGCUGGGGCAUAGUGGAGCAGCGGGAGCCUCUGGAGCCCCCCAGCACCCCCGGGUAUGACCCUGGGAAGCUGCGACUGAUGGAGGACGCUGAGGGCUGGCAGCCCCGCACCGGGACCUCGCAGUCCCGCUCCUUCCGCAGACUGGCCCAGCUGACGGGCACAGAUGAGAUGGAGGAUCAUGAUGAUGUGUUUGUUAGGAAGCCCAGCCAGGUCUCUGUGCCGGACCCAUCCCCAGGAGCAACGAUGAAGACUGAGCCAGGACUGGCCCCCAGGACCCCCAGUGCCACCCCCAGCCCCACCAGCCGCCCACCCUGGGCUGUGGACCCCUCGUUUGCCGAGCGCUACGCCCCGGACAAGACGAGCACGGUGGUGAGCAAGCACAGCCAGCCGGCCACGCCGACCCCCAUGCAGAACCGCAGCUCCAUCGUGCAGGCGGCCCAGCAAGCCCCCGAGGGGCCCGGCCGCACCCCGCUCUGCUACAAGUGCAACAAGGUCAUCAGGGGACGGUACCUCGUGGCGCUGGGACAUUAUUACCACCCCGAGGAGUUCCUCUGCUGCCAGUGCAGGAAGGUGCUGGAUGAGGGCGGCUUCUUUGAGGAGAAAGGCUCCAUCUUCUGCCCCAAGUGCUACGACACGCGCUACGCACCCAGCUGCGCCAAGUGCAAGAAGAAGAUCACUGGGGAGGUGAUGCAUGCACUGAAGAUGACCUGGCACGUGCAGUGCUUCACCUGCAAUGCCUGCAAAACUCCCAUCCGCAACCGAGCCUUCUACAUGGAGGAGGGACAGCCCUACUGCGAGAGAGACUAUGAGAAGAUGUUUGGCACCAAGUGCCGUGGCUGUGACUUCAAGAUCGAUGCUGGGGACCGGUUCCUGGAGGCGCUGGGAUUCAGCUGGCACGACACUUGCUUUGUCUGUGCGAUCUGCCAGACCAACCUGGAAGGGAAGACAUUCUACUCCAAGAAGGACAAGCCGCUGUGCAAGAGCCACGCUUUCUCCCAUGUGUGAGGGGUGGGAAUUCAGCUGUGCCCACACAUGCCCCUGGCCCUGCAUGCUCCUCUCCCCCUGCCCUGCUGGCCCCAGGGAGCCAGGCUGGGCCCUUGGCCCUUUCCCUUGCUCCUGCCUCUUUCCUGGCAGCUCCUGGCUCAACUCCAGCCAGAUACAGUGCUGGGUCCAGAACCUUUUAUAGCUGGGUGGCUUCUUACAUGCUUCUCAACUGGCCCUAGGAGCCCUGGGAAUGGGAUGCUGCAUGGAUCUCCUGCCCCUGAGGCAUGCAGCAUGGUGGGUACAGCCAUGCUGAGGCUGGAAUUGGAGAGGGUCUGCCACAGCUGGGCUGCUCCCUUGCUGCCUGGCAGCUCAGUGCUGGGGCAGGGAUACUCCUUACACAUCCCUCCCUGAACGGGUGAGGACCAGCUUCUGUCUCACUCUCCCCAGCCUUCCCUGCUGUGUGCUUGGGGCUGGAGACCCAGCCCUGGGGCCCUGCCCGUGACAACCCACCAGCCCCCCCCCAAACUGCUGCGGUGCCUUCCUGCCCCGCUUGCAUUCCAGGGGUGUCUGUCCCUCCUGCCCCCCACCCUGCUGGCCCACUUCUCCCCUGGGGCUGGCAUCACCCCCAGCCCAGCGUGGCCCAGCUGAGGGCUGGCAGCGUGUGCUGAUGCCAGCCCAGCCAGGCGGCUGCUCCUGCGAGGCUUGGGCACAGCUUCCUACCAAAGAGCUCUCUGCCACUGCCAUCCUGGGGCCACCGAUGCCUCCCCCCAAACCACACCCUCUGGUCGGGCUGAUGCAGCCACGGUGCUUUUAGUGCCUUUAAUAAACACGUCUCUGCAAGU